GGAAGGAGAACGCUAGAAGCAUUUCCGGCGUUGUUAGCGUCGGGAAGGAAGACGUGUCCUUCCGUCCCCCGUGACCAAGAGCUGGGCGAGCAGCGGCGGCUGUCGGCGGAACCAUGGAGCUGGAAACGAUGAGCAGAUACACCAGCCCGGUGAACCCGGCCGUGUUCCCCCACCUCACCGUGGUGCUGCUGGCUAUCGGCAUGUUCUUCACCGCCUGGUUCUUCGUCUAUGAAGUGACCUCCACCAAGUACACUCGAGACAUCUACAAGGAACUGCUCAUUUCUCUGGUGGCUUCUCUGUUCAUGGGUUUUGGUGUACUCUUCCUACUACUGUGGGUUGGUAUAUAUGUGUGACCGUACAGCAGGAGCUUUGUGAGGUUCCAGGUAGAAGCCUUACAGAAGCUCCUUUUUCUAUUUUUGUACUUAAUGCGGCUCAUUACAGGUGAGGACUGUAUAGCUUUGAAACAUGCUUGUCAUCCAAAGUGCCCUAACAUCAGGCUCUAAUAAAGUUGGCUCUGUGAUGA